UUGUAGGCCUAUUAGUUUUUCUCAGACUGCAGUGACGCUGUCACGCGUCUUCCGCCUGGUGGUGCUCAGCUGCACACGGCAGCGCUUGAGUGUGAGUCCAUCCUCCGGUUGAACUUUUUCCUCCACAUUCAGUAAUCUGACACCGACACUAACCCCAAAAAGCAGAGGAUGGAUUCCCAACUUCAUUCGCAAAAAUAGCUCAGCCAGAGCAGGCGAGAAAACACGACCGAGCGGGGGGCGAACAUCUGAACGCGUGUGCUCGCGUGCAUCGAUCUGUGAAGUGACUUUAGUUUUUGUUUAAAUGUUGACUAAAAAGUUUUUAUCUAAAGAGGCGGAUGGGUGACGACCAUUCUCGGCGCUUCCAUGUGAGGAGACGAUGAAGAAUUACAGCAGCAGUCCCCGUCUAAACAAUCACAGCGCGAGUCACAGCACGGAUCGGAACAGCAGGAAGAGAUUCUGGUUCUUGGCUCUCGGGCUUCGCUUCUCUCUGCGCGAUUAUGGUUUCUGCAUGGCCACACUGCUGCUCUUCUGUCUCGGCUCACUGUUUUACCAGCUGAACGGAGGACCCCCUAAAGUUCUGCUGGAGAUCAGGCAGUAUCUCGGAGAAUCCACUUUUGUUGACGACCACGGGCCUCCUACACCAAGGGAGCUGCCAUUCCCAAGUCAGGUGAUCUACAACAGGGUUGGCAAGUGUGGAAGUCGAACAGUCGUCCUGCUGCUGAGGAUUCUGGCAGAAAAGCACCAGUUUAACCUGGUGUCCUCUGACAUCCAUAACAAAACCAGACUCACAAAGCAUGAGCAGGUGGAUUUGAUGAGAAAUAUUAGCACUAUUACGCAGCCUUUUCUGUACACCAGACAUGUUCACUUUCUCAAUUUCACAAGAUUUAGGAUAGAACAGCCUGUCUACAUAAACAUCAUCAGGGAUCCCAUUAACCGUUUCCUCUCCAAUUACUUUUUUCGUCGUUUUGGGGACUGGAGAGGAGAGCAGAAUCACUUGAUCCGCACACCCCAGAUGAAAGAUGACGAGCGAUAUCUGGACAUUAAUGUUUGCAUCAUGGAGAACUACCCAGAGUGCUCUAACCCACGUCUCUUCUACAUAGUUCCAUACUUUUGUGGACAACACCCUCAGUGCAGGGAGCCGGGUGUUUGGGCUGUGGAGAGGGCCAAACAAAAUGUUAUAGAGAACUUCCUACUUGUGGGAAUUCUGGAGGAGUUGGAGGAUGUGUUGCUCCUUCUGGAGAGACUCCUACCUCACUACUUCAGUGAUGUCCUAACCAUCUACAAGAGUCCAGCAUUUUGGAAGAUGGGGAACCUUACAGGCACAGUGAAGAAGCACAUGCCCACUCUAGAGGCCCUACAGGUGCUUUACCAAAGGAUGAAGUCUGAGUAUGACUUUUACAACUUCAUUCGUGACCAGUUCCAUCUCACCAAGAAGAAGAUCGGCCUCAAGUCCACCUCCCAGAACUCUGCUCAUGAACCUGACUUUCUCCGUGAGCUUGCCCUCAGGACCCAUGAACCUUUGGAGGAGGAGGAGGAAGAGGAGGAAGAAGAGGACGUGGGGCAAGAAGAUGCCAACAUCUGGUUGGUUCAGCCCUGAGUAAUAGCCAUGGAGGUGUAGGCAUGGCAGAUAUCUCAUAAGCUUGAUGUCUAUGUCCAGUCAGGAGGUAGAGUCAAAAGUCCCAGGUUAAAAUUGGGUGUGUAACCCCUGUUUUUAACGGGAUGGCCCUUCAAGACACUCUCAAGAGGAGAAGGGGGUCACAGAAGCGUCUGAAUAAUUGUUUAAGGAACCAACAAUUGUGGCAAAAUGAUUUUGUUCAUGUUUAUGAAAUUGAGUUGGUUAUGGUCAUUUCCUGGUGAGAUGAUUCAAGAUUGGAAUUACAGGGAUAUUGCUGGAUUGUCAGAAUGGAGGGAUGAACUAAUUGUGGUAUAGCAGAAUGAGAUACUGUGGAAGUCUGAUUUUAGGCACUACUUCUGUACACUUGGUACCCGGGUGAUCUCAGACUCACACAUCAACACACACUUUCACACAUGAACACAUUCAGACUAUGCUAUGGAGGCGAGUGAGGAUCACAACAAAGUGCCAAGGAUUACUGCAUUAAGCUUGGAAGCCGUAGCUGUAAUCACCGUAAACAACUCAAACACACCAAUCAGAUCUCAUCAUCUCAUCAUCACUCGCUUCCUCCUCUGGUUCCAGAAACCUGCUGCAACUCUGUGCCAGAAUUUCAGUGCUAAUCUUUUUUGAAAGGAUCAUUUUAUAUUGUACAUGUAAGGUGUUGUACAAUGAAUCUAAAACUUUUGAAUGCCUGGAAGAUGUCAAAUGCAGCACACUGUUCAUUUAAAAUGUUUGAUGUGGAUGUUAAACAUUUUCUCGCUUUGUCAGUGUGUCAUCUGUUGUGUUCAGUCAUUGCGUAAAAUUGGGCCCUUAAGUUCCGAUUUGGUACACAAUGUGCUAAGAACACUUAAAAGUAAUAGUUCACACGAAAAUGUAAAUUGUAAUGAUGUUUUUGUUAGCAGCAAUACAAUUUUAUCCCAUCCUGGAUUGCUUUACAGUGUAUAAUAUAAAACUGCUGGGAUAUCAAACAAUACCUUGCUAGUUAGAGCUAAGCUAUUCAAAGUUCACUGGUGGUUGACUGUGAUAAUGUUUUAUACCAUACUUAUCUGUCAAUGCCUAAUAUUUUGGGCAGGAUCACAAGCUAAAACAAGAAGACAGUAAUAUUAAACUAAAUUAAUUAUUUUGGAGGUAAAAUGAAUAUACUCAUGAUCAAUAAAACUGUCACACAUAUUGAAAAACACAUGGAAAAACAACUGACAGCAGGACAAAAAUGUUCUUGAAUGUGAAAGCAUGAGUUUGUACAUUGCA